AUGAAAGUCUUCCUUUUGUUCGCCCUACAGCUUUAUCUUUUCACUGGUGCAAGGGUUGGGGCAUUCAUUCCCAUAAAUAAACAUCGACACCAGAGAGGUCUUCGUUAUAAGCACAUAGACCUAGUUUUAUUUCGUUCUAAUUCUUCUGACGAGCCAUGGAAGAUUGGGUGGCGAGUCAAUGAACAGUGGCUCAAAAAAAAUAGGAACCCGGAGUACACCGUCUUUGGCAUAGGCAUCCGUGAUGACAGCAGGCCUCAAUUUGCAUCGGGACUGCUUCUUGCCGUCAUUGCCAUCGACCAAGGCGCAAUUUACGGAAUCAACACUAUAGAAGACUUGGCCCAACAGCAGUUCCCCGAAGGGAAGAAUGAAAUUCCCCUGCGCUGGAAGGAUGACGCGAAGGAAAAGCCUGUAUUCAGGAACGUGACUGGGCAAGGUGCUCAGGAUCUGGUGUUGACGACAGAAAGGUUCUACUAUUCCUUCGCCAGCUCUUCAGGAAAGCAGGGUAUUGGGAAGAUCCCACAAUACAUGAUAUCCGCCGAGCACUUGGAAAAAAGGUUGAUGUUAUACGGUCAUAAAGAUGGGAAAACCUACCCAACGAGCUAUCUUGCCCAUUGCUCGUCCAUUAAUACUGUUGACUGUGUUCUUGAUGAGAAGGGAGACGAUCGCCAUAUCGAAUACUGGCAAGGCCAUGAGCAAUACCGUGAAACCGGUUUGCCUAGUCAUCUGCCCGCUGGGAUCGAAGAAUCUGUCCUGGAGAGUGAUGAACUUGCCGAAAUAAAAAGCCACAUUGGCUUGGCAGAUGCAAUAGGCGACAAAGAGAGGGGAAAUUACGAGAGAUUACAAUACAGGGAUACCCAUAUUCGCCUCCGCCUUUCAGCUCUUACAAACUACCGGACCCAAUGGGUUCGCGACAGGAGAGACUGGACGGUUUUAUCAAAAGGGCAGAAAUCACCCAAUGACCCAGAAAAGAAUGCUUGCACACGUGCCCUUGCUCUUAUUAUGCCCGAAAUUGGCCGCCUAGCGGCAAUCAUGUCGUCCACAGAGCCUAUGUCAUUUGACGAGAAGCUCCUCUUCAUGAAGGACCUACAAAAGCAGUGCUCGCGGGAAUACGACAUAAUAUACUUACCGAAUGAAGCACCUAUCCAUGGCAAAUGCCCGAUUGAAAGCUGCCAGGAAGACGUUGACUCGCUGGCGAAAUCCAACCGGAGUAGACAUAUCCAUGAAUGCGUCCGCCGCGAUAAAGCUUCCCAGCUUGGAGUGAGGAAGUUCGACAUGGAAUUCUGCUACGAAUAUCCCUUGUGUGGCUGUCCACGGUCUUUUGACAACGCGCAUGAUUUCUGCCAUCACUUGUAUGAUGUACAUGGCUUGGCAAAGGGUAUCUGGCAAUCGCGAAAUGCGGACAAUGAGGACGACGAGGCUACAAAGGUACUCUGCGUACGUGGGGGAAAAAGAGCUCUCCCAUGGGAGCAGCAACAAGGGAAUGAGAAGAGAAGCGAAAGCUGCGCCAAAGAAGCUCGGACUGACAAUCAUGGCCUGCCAUCUACUUCCAAGGUGGAAUCGAAAUACACUUCAAUGGAGCCAAAGAAAAAGCGGAAGAAGGAAACCCGAUUUUUCCAAUACCAGCCUUCACGCCCUGAAUCUCAGCAAUACCCCUCGAACCACAUUUGUAUCACCAAACCGGCUCGGUUCUCGUUUGUCGAGGAUCAGCAAAGACGAUUUGAGUGCUCUGCUAGAAGUGAUAGGGCCAGCGCGAGCAGCAGGAGUAAUUCAAUUGCAUCUUACUUCUCAGAUGCCGAUUCACGCCUCAGCUCGCAGCCAACGACGCCCGGUCUUGAUGUCAUUGACCCUAGAAUUCUCGUCCCUAUCGGCUUCAACAUAGAGGAUGAUUGCCCGGGUUACGACCAGGAGCCUAUUCAGCUGAAUGCUCAUUCUUUGGGUGAACUCGAGACAAAGGAGUUAAAUGACACGAUAGACCCAAAACCUCCUGUUCCGAGCCCUGCCAAACUAUCUCGUGAAGAUUGUACCAAUGAAGUCAAUGACAACAUUGGUAGGGCUUUGGAAACAUAUUGUCCUACCCCCUCCAGCAACACAGCUGUCGCGGUAGAUGAUAAGUGCAAGGAACACCCUCAUACGCAGGCAGGGCUCGACGGUAACCCCUCUUGUAAUGAUUAA